AAUCACGCAGAAACAUCUGCUGACACAUACACAAACAAUUCUUUCAUCUAAUGCACAGCUUCGCCGCGCGGUGAGCAUGUCCCUCGACCACCUCCGACUCAGCGGCCUGCAACUCACCAAGUCCGAACGCCUAGUAGUCUGCGCCUUGAGCUAUCUGUUCGUGGCACCCAUAGUGUGGAGCAAAGGCAAGAAGUUCUGCUCCUAUCUCUACGAGACCGCCCUCGAAGCUCGGCGACAGCUGCGCGAAGAAGACCGCGAUCACCGUCGCGCCAACUUCGCCGCCGCCGUCUAGUACACUUUCCUGCUGGUGCUGCGCAUUUCGAGGCAGAAGCUUCUUUGGCCUUAUUACGGAUACUGUUGGACGAGCCUCGUCUCGCUGGUCCCCUCUUCGCUCUUUGGCACCUGCAUAUCCGCCACCUUCUCGAACUCGACGGUGUCGUCUUCUUUCCUCGCGCGGAUCGCUUUGACGGGGACGAACUUCGCGAACUGCUGGCCCGCGCAGAAGAGCGCUAAAACAGACGCUCGACAUGUCGGCCAGCGUCUAUGUGGUGGACUCCACAUUUCAGAGAACACAGAUCAAGGUUACACCUGGGACAUAUUUGCGAGAAGUGCUGGAAGAGGCCUGCAAGAAGAAGAAGCUGAAUCCUGAGUCGUGGGUUCUGAAGACUCAAGAUGGCAAGAAGACACUGGAUUUGUCACAACCUUUUCGAUUGUCGGGCCUCGCGUCAGGUGCAAAGCUUCAACUUGUGCAAGGAAGUCGGUCGGCCAGCGUGGUGAAUGUUGCCCUGCAGCUUCCAGAGAGCGAAGGCGGGAAAAGAUUGCAGGACAAGUUCCCCAGCACGACCAGCCUUUGGCUCGUGUUACGAAAGUUCGAGGAUGCAGUUGCUGGGGGAGCUGUGACACAGAAGUUCAAUAUCACACAACGAGCUACACCAUCGAACGUCGGAUCUGGUUCUGGCAGGCUGGAAUACGAACAACCAUGUCUAAAUGUGAUGGGCAGAUCACUUGAGACGUUUGCCGACCUGCAAAAGACCUUGACGCAAUUGGGCAUUAGUGGCAGCGUACUUAUUCGUUUGACCUACAAGAGCAGCGGGAAGCCUCUGGAGCAGGCGAUGAAUGAGAUCGAACAGUACUUCAGCGAGGCUGAAGCUCCUCCCUCCGCAACCAAGCCUGCUGAGGGUGCACAUGCUGCUCCGGUGAACGAUACAACAAGUGUACCCGAUGCUACAACAACGACGCCUGAUGUACCAUUGGGAGGAAAUGCUGGCCCAGACCCAGCUGAGCCAUCGGAUGUUCCUAUGGAGGACGCCCCCAUCGCACAGCCAGUCGAAGGUGAUGUGAUAGCUUCAUCAUCAAUAACAGAACCUACCGGAUCUACAGCUCAGCCGCCUGCUGGUGCAUCUGCAGCCGCCCCGGAAGAUUCUGCUUCAAUGAAGCCCAAUCUCGUCAACGGCAUGGCAGUGUACCUUCCUUCAUCAUCGACUACACCCGCUGCUGCGCUCCAAGAGGACGACCCUUCAAGCUUCGAGCCAAGCAUAGAGCAGGCGAAAGCAUUGCAAGCCGCACUUCAGAAACAUGGCCAGAACAAGCGACUCCUCUCAGACAAGGAGAUCGAAGAGCAAGAGGCCGCGAAGAGGGCAGAGCUUGAACGCAUACAACGCGUGAUCGUUCGCGUCAAAUAUCCCGACCAGAGUAUCAUCGAGACCCCAAUCUUGAGCACAGAAACCGCGUCCGAUCUGUAUGCCAAAGUGCAAAAUACUCUUGCACAAGCCCCUGAACCAUUUGAGCUGAAGUUCUAUGGCGACAAGAACCAAAUGACGACCUUGCCAAACAACAGCGACAAGAAGCUCGUGCGUGACUUUGGAUUUCGAGGCAAGGUGCUUGUGACAUUGGUCUGGUCCAAGGAGGCAUCUCAAAAAGCCAGACAAGGUCCAAGCUUGAAGGAGGAGUAUCGAAGUCAGGCCCAGGAGCUGAAAGUGAACGUUGUGACACAGCAGAAGCAAGGUGAAGAAGAUCACAAGGCUGCCAUGAAGCAGCCAGAGAAGAAAGAAGGAGGUGCGAACAAGGGCAACAUCGAGGAUAAGAUGAAGAAAUUCCUUGGUUUCGGCAAAAAGAAGUGAGCAUGACUUUACGAGAGAACGAUCAUUCGAAUGGCAUCAACAGCAUAGCGUGCAAUAGCGAGUACUGUAUAGUUAGGAUAGAGAACCGAGCGAUCGUUCGCGGAGCAUAGAGAGUCAUGCGUGCGACUACGAUAAUUACAAACAUGAACUUCACACAUCGACG